AUGAGUUCGCCUGUAACAGUUCAUCUUGGACGUGAAGGAACUGAACGACCAUGGGGUUUUCGUCUUCAAGGUGGUAGUGAUUUUUCUAUCCCAUUAUCGAUCCAACUGGUUAAUCCGGACACGCCUGCUCAUGCAUAUGGUAUAAAUGCUGGUGACCAGGUUAUAGCAAUCAAUGGUCGGAAUGUAGCUAAUGUAACGCAUCAAGAAGCCAAAAUGGAAAUAACCCGAUCAGGAAAUGAACUUGAAUUAACUGUCAUCAAAGGAGCAGUCAAUCAACAGUCUAUGCCUAAAGCACAACCCAUAUCACAAUUAAGAACAGGUCCCGUACAUCAAAUGCCUACACCACAAACUGCUCAACCUAAUUUUGCAUUACCAAAUCAGCCUCAAACGCAUAUCGGUAGUAGCCAUAAUCGAGCAGCAAUGCCAUUCGAUGCUCGAGUUGGAAACGAAAUGACUUAUCAAGCAGCUAAACCAACUAAUUGGCAACCUGGAGAUUAUACAAAGGAAGAACCUGAACAUCUACGUCCUAAACUUACGAAUUUUGAAUCUUCACCAGCCUACAAUAAAGAUCCACUUCAACGUGAAACUUGGCGACCAAAAGCUUAUCGUGACAACCCUCAGGCACCAGCACGUAAUGUGGGCACAGCUGUUUACCAUGCUCAGUAUAAUUCUCCGAUAGGACUUUACAGUGACGAUAAAGUUUUAGAAGCGUUUAAAUCACAAGCAGGCAGUUUAAUUGAUGAUAUCAAAGGUAGUUCAAACAAUAGUUCUUCUCAAUCAUCUAAUAUAUAUAACAAUCAACAACAAAAUCAAACGUCAUCGGCAUAUCAACCUCUAAUGAAUCCUCAGCAACAAAAUAUUCCUCAUUCGUCUGAAGCUAAACUUUCUCGAUCAUUUCGUGCCCUAGAACAAGAUCUUAGCUCUGUACAAGGAACAUCACAAGCACCUAAAUCUAUUUUUGAUCAACGUCGCCAACAGCAACAGCAGCAACAGCAACAACAACAACAAUCUACUGGUUUUCGAAGUGUUAAACCACCUGAAGAAGUUCCACCUGAACUACAACGAAGACCCUAUCAUACUGAAUAUCAAGUUGAACAUGUUCAAGAAAAAUGGCUGGAACCAAAAAUAAAAUAA